AUGACAUUAUCGUUUGUAGCCCUGAUUGAGAGGGUAUUCCUCCGUAUUGGAUCUGCAGAAACGGAUGAACAAUUCCAGACAGCACUUGGAAAAUUCCUGUCCCCUGUAAUAUUGAAACUGAACAGUUCGGAUGAAUCCGUCAGAAAGAAGGUGAUGGAGCUGUUGGUGCACAUCAACAAGCGAUUGAAAAGUCGUCCCAAUGUACAGCUUCCAGUGGAUACUCUCAUCACACAGUUCCAGGAUCCUUCAGCUUCAUCCAUUAUCACAAACUUUUCCAUCAUCUACAUCAAGAUGGGGUUUCCACGCCUGGACAAGGAGAAGCAAGCCACUCUUGUCCCACUGCUGAUAAACUGUCUGAAGGGCAAGCCACAAUCACAGAGAGACAAUCUGUUGCAGCUUUUGAUACCAGCCAUGCAGUACAUCAAGUUCCCGAGUGAUGCCAAACAGCGUCAGAUUGUAUACGGCCUGACAGAUCAGCACCAGACAUCAGGGUUGCUACUCGAUUACAUGAUGGAUCUCCUCCUCCUUCCAUACAGUGCCCACGUGGCAGCCCUCCAGAGCAGGCCUUCAUCUGCUCAGCCUAACGCGACACCCCAACCUCCAGCACCUGUCACCCCUACUCCUCCGGGCCUCAGUGAGUACUCCUUCAAGAGAGUAACAGGAGACAAUGCCCUCACACCAGAAUCAUUGGAAAAGACAAAGAUAGGGGUGCUCAAGUUUUUAGGGGCAGGCAUUUUAACUGAGGAGGAUGUUAUCUGUCACUAUGUUGUAGCUGCUGCAGACACCCGACACAGUGUUGCAACAGCUGCUGACCUUGAACUUAAACGGAUAUUAGGGAGUGUAGACUGGAAUAACCAGGCCAUUAUAAAGAAGCUGUUCAGUGUAUUCCAAGGGACAACUGACAUCAAAGGAAAGACACAAACGAAGCCCGAGUUAAAACGGAGACCAGCUUGUACUCGUAUACGUCUCAAGAUAUUCCCUUACUUCCUGAAAUCCAGAGAAGCUUGCAACACAUUUCCGUCCUGCAUACAGGUGAUUUUUGACUGUCUGUAUGGACAGACAACCAAUGCUAAGCUGAAGCUGAUGGCAACCCAAUUUGUACACCAUCUCUGUCUACACUGUACAGAUAACAAGUUCACACCUAUAGCUCCAGUACUGCUGUCUGGUAUGGUGAAGCUAGUAGGAGAAGCUACAGAGGAUGCCAAGUUACGAAGUUUGGCAUAUGUGGCAGCUGGCAAAAUUGUGAGGCGAUUCCCGCAGCUUGUCAGUAAAGACAUCAGCAUAGUUCAGAAGUUUUUUGAUGCCAUGUGUCAGGAGGAGGCAGACACACGUAUCUCAGUACAGGAAGCCUUGUCUCUUAUGUCUGAGGCUUUCCAGGACAUCAGUGGUACCAACACAACACUCAUGGAGGCACUCAUAAUGCAGAACAUUGACAAGGAGCAGCCCCAGGCUCGUCUGAUGGCAGUGCAGUACGCCAAGGCUGUGUUCCCCUCGGACCACAUGCCGUCCAGAUACGUCCUGUUACUGGCCUGUGGUGACAAUAAGGAAGACAUACGUACAGAAGCCAUGAAGGGGCUGAAAUCUAAACUUACUGCAGAGAGUAUGCCACUCAAGUCCCCGGCUAAAAAGGAACCACUAAAGAUGCCGAAAUUCCAGAGUGCCAUGACAUACAUCAAACAAAAGGCAGAUCAACGAGUGAUGACGCAGCACAAAGUGACGGCGGGGAACCAUGUCAUGGCCUUCAACUCUAUAGCCUAUGAACAGAUGGUACUGUAUCUGAGGUCAUGCCUGGCCUGUGAGGCAGGUGUUGUCCCCAACAUUGAGUCCCUGAGUGAUAUGCAGGACCAAGCUCCGGCUGUAUCCAAAUUCUUGUUGGGGAUGCUGGACUCCGACUCCCUACAGACAUACAUUGACUUCAUUAAACAUCUACUCACUGUCGUUGGAGGAACAUCAAGCAUGUACUGUCUGUUAGAACUAGUGUCCAUGGCACCGACAAAACUCUCCUCACAAUUCAUGAAGAACUUGGACUGGAUAAAGCGCUACAUUUUCUCCAGUAAGGAUGAUCUGAAGACAUAUGCCAGCCAGCUACACGCCACUGUCCUUUGUAACCAACCAGACAAGUCAAAGAUCCACGAGGUUGUCAUGGAAUUAUCUGACAAAAUUUCUAGCAAAAGUUUUGAAGUACAACAGGGAUCAAUCAUCGCCUUGGGUUACCUAAUAGGUCUUUACCUAAGAUUAAAUUCAAACGGUAUGGAGACGGAUAGCAACGUGGAUGCCAAGCUGUCCACUGCCAUGGGGACUGCUGUACACGCUAUAGUGAAACUCCUGAAGCCCACAGACGAGGUUCCUGAUCCUAUGUUGCCCUCUAUAUGUCUUGCCAUUGGGGAGAUUGGCAGGAACUCAGCACUGCUGCUGCCAUCUGGUGGGGAAGGAGACAGUGAGGAAAACACAACCAAGUUUUCUUUAAUUAAAGUUCUCUUAAAGAUGGUUACAUCAGGAAAGGAGACCAACAAGACAAAGGAGAAGGCAGCGCUGUGUCUGGGCUACAUAUGUGUGGGCGAGGAGGAAUUCCCCUAUCGUCGAAAAGUGAUCAAGGAGAUGAUGGAGGCUGCUCAGGCCAAACAGAUAGAGUUGAACAUGACCAUGGGGGAUGCCUUGGUGUUCAGUGCCCAGGGUAUCACGUCGUCUGCAGCUAGGGACGUGUGGACAGAGACCGAGGAGGAAUUCAAUAGCCGGACCAGUAAGAGUGUCAAUGAAGUGGCUUGGUACUUGGACCUUCUGCUCAACAAGUACAUAGUCAACGUUAACCCACAUCUGCGGCAGGCUGCCUGUAUAUGGCUACUGGCAUUGGUGAAGAGCUGCAAUACACACGAAGCACUGCAAUCAAAUCUUCUCCAGAUCCAGAGAGCAUUUAUGAAGAUGUUGUCAGAAAAUGAUGAUGUAACCCAGGACAUUGCUUCUAAAGGCCUCGGUCUGGUGUAUGAGGUGUGUUCCCCGAAACAGAAAGACGAGCUCGUGUCCGAGCUGGUUGACACACUCAUGACUGGAAAGAGGGCAAAGCAAGAAGUAACUGGAGAGAGCAAGAUCUUUGAACAGGGAUCUAUUGGCAAAACUCCAGACGGUGGAAGUCUAUCAACAUAUAAAGAGCUAUGUUCAAUGGCCAAUGAUCUCAACCAACCUGACCUCAUCUACAAGUUUAUGCACUUAGCGAAUCACAAUGCUAUGUGGAACUCCAAAAAGGGAGCAGCGUUUGGAUUCGGCACUAUAGCUGCCCAGGCCGGGGAACAGUUGGCACCAUACUUACACAAGCUUGUACCCCGACUUUACCGCUACCAGUUUGACCCUAACCCUAAGAUACAGCUGGCCAUGAGUAGCAUCUGGCAGGCUGUUGUACAGGAUAACAAGAACACAGUAGAUAAAUACAUGAAGGAAAUUGCGACGGACUUGGUAAAGAAUCUCACCAAUAAUCAGUGGAGAAUUAGAGAGUCCAGUUGUCUGGCUGUGAGUGACCUGUUACGGGGACGACCCCUAGACGACAUCGUGGACCUCCUACCUGACUUGUGGGAGGCCUGCCUUCGGGUCAGAGAUGAUAUCAAGGAGUCUGUUCGGAAUGCUGCAGAUGUGGCUUGUAGAGGGCUCAGCCGUGCAUCUAUUAAGAUAUGUGAUAUCAACUACGGGAAGAUUGGGGAGCAGGCUACGAAAGCUGUACUUCCUUGUUUACUGAAAAACAGUAUUCAGAGUUCUGUGUCUGAUGUCAGGGCUAUAGGGUUAUCUACCAUACUGAAGAUCAGUAAGAAUGCAGGAUCCCUGUUGAAGCCACACAUUCCUAUCCUGGUUACAGCCUUACUGGAGGCAGUCAGUGGUCUGGAGCCUCAGGUCCUAAACUACUACAGUCUCCGUGUGUCUGACAGCCAGGCCGCCCAAGAUCGGCUGGACAGUGCAAGAAUAGCUGCAUCUAAGAUGUCUCCGAUGAUGGAAACAGUUAACUUGUGUGUCCAGUAUGUAGAUGAAGAAGUGCUGACAGAGUUAGUUCCCCGUCUUACAGAUCUCAUUAAAAGUGGAAUAGGUAUCGGUACAAAGGCCGGAUGUUCCAGUUUUGUGAUCUCGCUCGUCCAUCACUGUCCGAAGGAUCUUACACUACAUGCAGGGAAAUUAAUGGGAGCUUUUUUGACGGGUAUAAAUGAUCGUAACUUAUCUGUGAAAAAAGCAUACGCAUCAGCAUUAGGAUAUCUAGUCAAGGUGGCUAAGGACAGCAGUGUAGAGAAGCUCAUUGCCAGGCUACGGUCGUGGUACCUAGAAAAGGAAGAGGAGUCAGCUAGAUUGGCAUGUGGGUUAACUCUACACUCCAUGAGCCUGCACAGCCCAGACAUCUUAAAGAGACAUGCCACUCAGGCCAUGCCUCUUGCCUUUUUUGCUAUGCAUGAACAAAAACCAGAGGAAGAAAAAUCCAAGAGCCCGGAGGACAGUCUGUCGAUCUGGGACGAAGUGUGGCUGGAGGUCACCCCAGGUACGGAGGCAGGAAUACGACUAUACAUCCAGGAAAUUGUAGAGCUGCUGAGAGAAAGCAUUGAGUCCCAGUCCUGGAUCACUAAGGCUCAAGCAGCACUCUCCAUGGCAACGGUAGCUUCUAAAUUAGAGGCCCAGCUAGGGCCACCUCACCUAGGCAACCUGCUGUCCGCUCUUCUGAUUGGUCUACAAGGCAAGACGUGGACAGGCAAGGAGGCACUCUUACAAGCUGUUAAAACUGUGUGUACCUCAUGCAGAAAAUCUAUAGAGAAUUCAAACACAGAAAGCCAGCCCUCUAUUUCACAGGUUGUAGAGGCUGUGAUGAAGGAGUGUAGGAAGGAAAGACUGGCCUAUAAGCUAGAGGCCCUACAGUGUAUGGGUAGUAUACUGGAGGAGUACAAACUGGACCACUUCAAAGACAUGUGGGACAUCUUAUCACCAACCCUCCUCAAGAAGGACAAAGAGGGUGAGGAUGACGAGAUCAAACCAGAACAGAAACAGAACCAGUUGUUAUGUUACUAUGAUGUCCUAGGGCAAGCUUGGCCCUACUCACAACCCACUCAAGAUGAAUACUCACAAAGAUUCCAUGAACUGUUAUGUUCGUCCCUUCCCAGGAACACGUGGAAGAUCCAGACCAGCUUAUUGAGAACCACCUACAAGUUUCUGGACAGACACUGUUGUUUCUGUACAAAGUCUGUAUCAGAGGAUCCUAAGCGGUGUAAACCUCUGUUGGAGGGAACGCUCCAGGUGGUCAUUCCUUGUAUGGAAAAUCUGAAAUACACUGUGAUACGAACAGAAGCACUGAAUGUCAUCAGACUUAUAGUCAACAGGCUCAAAGAAAGCAGUAAACUAUCAAUAUUGUCGGACGCAAUCCACCAGCAGUUAAAGGAGUGUUUGACAGUUACGGCUACAGGAGAAACCAGCCCAGAGCUGCAGGAUAGUGCCAAGGAACUACUCAAAUCUGUUCACUGAUCAACAUCCUCAUCUCCAGUCCAUUUACUUGUCAUACAUGUCCCUCUAAACAUUUCAAGGUUACAGCAAACUUUAAAAAAAAAAUCAACUGAAAACUUGUGUUUAUUCAACAUAAAAUUCAAGGUUGUAUGGACAACAUUUGUCGAAGAAAAAAUGGGAAGCUGAUUUUAGUUUCUUUAGUAUCAUGGCUAAGGUUAAUAAACUUUAUAAUCUAUAUUGAACAGGAUCAUAAAAUGAUUCUAUAUUUCCUAUUUGGACCAUGCACAAACUUUCUAAAUGGAAACCUCCAGACUUUUGUAUGCAGUGCCAUUUUCAUUAUAGAAACUAUAAAUGGGUCCUUUAAGGAGUAUCUUUUCACAAAGUUGUUAACGUGCAUAUUGUAUGGGGUUUCUACCUGGAAUAUCUCAUCGAAGGGAUUUGAUCCCUGUAACCAAUAUUCUCCCAGGCCAGUGUUGUUCUGUGAUACAAAGCAAGCAGUGAUAUUUAAAGGACAGUGAAUACAAUAAAUUUGUGUAUUGCUUUGAAAAGGAUAACUUAUUUCAAUUUCCGAAACCUUCUUAAUGUAAAUCAGAUGAUUUCCCUUAGGGAAACAAAAUAGAGACUUGAUCGUCAGUGAAGUGAACUUUUCCAUGGUUUGUUUUUAAGAUAUACUCUAGGAACACUUCCAAUAAACUUUAUUGAGUGGAAAUUCUCUUGCUUUUGAAUUUUUGAGAAAUUUUUACAAGCACAAAUUUCCAUUUUAUAACUGUUUUCAGAUAUUCCAGAUAUACCAGAAGGAGGUUAGCUUUAUUCUAACAAAGUGGAGACAGAUUAAAUGGUUAUAUAUAGUACAUGUACAAAAAUAAUGUACAAGUGAAAGAUGGAUUUAAUUUAUUACAUAUAAUGUACUAGAAACACAUAAGAUGUCAGUUUGAGACAAUUUGAGGAUUUGAAAAGAAUAGCUUAGAAUACUUAUUUGGGUUCAGUAGUUGUUGAACAGACACAAUUUCUUUUCAACAAGAAAAUAUUUGGUGACAAUUUUUAUGUUUCGUGUUCUUGAGUUGUUGAAACACUGUUUGUGUACUGUUAAGACUAUCAGUUUGUUUCUGCAUCUACUGAACAGGAGUUGAAGUUAUUGAUUUAUGAAGUAAUAAAACAAGAUUCUAAAA